UUGCCACUUUCUCUGUAAAUUGUGCAUUCAGAUAGCCUUGUUUCGUUUCAGAAGAGACAUAAAUCGUAAAAGACAUAUCAGUGCAUGUCCUACAUUUUCAAGAUGGUCAGAACGCCCGGUAACAUGAAAGCCCGAAGCCGCAUACCUCCCUCAUCCAUGCUUUGUUGUCACUCAGUGAAUAAAUAAUCUGCAUACUUUACACGCUGCUAUCUGGCGGCCAUUUUGUAGGUAGCCAUUUGCAAUGAGGAACUUUAUUUAAGAGGAAUGACCGAUGUAUGAUUUUUGAAAUAUGUGAAGGUGGGAAAUGAGUUUUCUCCCACUGUAUAUGUUUCUGUACACCAGUUCUAAAUCCUCCCCAUACGCCACCCAUGUGUCAGUCAGGCCGUGAGAUGUACGAAGGAAAAAACAUUCACUACUCACCGGUGGACAACAAGCCACUAUGUUCAUUCAGCAACAAACAGUGCAACCAGCGGCGCCUCAGUGGCUAUGGAUUCUGCGUGCGGCAUAUUUUGGAGGAUCCCACUGCUCCAUUUCGGCGUUGUGCAUAUGUGGCCAAGUCCAGCCAGCAGAUGUGUACUCAGGCCAUACCACUUGGGGAGUCCAGGCAGUACUGCAACAACCACAUGCAGGUGUUGGGCAUGCUACCACGAAGAGAGCGAAAACCCAAAAAGGAGAAGGACUCAGAAAAAGACAAGAUAGGCAACAAGGAAAAAGAUGCUAAUUCCUCUCAAGAAGUCAACAAGAUGACGUUUGGUGAUCGACUUAAGAUCAAAAAACUGACCAAGCCUUCAGCCCUUCUGGGAACAGUUGUAGAAUCACCAGAGGACCCUGAUGAUCCAUAUGCUUUCCAUGAUGCAGCUCCAGAUAUGGUACAGUCUGGGAUGAACUGCACACAGAUGAGUCCUAGUGUUGGUGUUUCUUCUUUAAUGAGUGACACACCUGUUAGAUCCCCCCAUCCUCAGACUAACCCAACUCCACUGCAAAACAGACCCUCAGCUGAUAGCAGUAGUGGUUUACCCAAAGCAAAACUGUAUCCAGAACUUGCUGAAAAACUGGAGAAAGUACGCCCAAAUGUGGAAAGUAAGAUCCCUAAAUCACGAGCCCGCAGCUCACGUACUAUGAACAAAUUGCAGACAAAAAUAGCACAGAACAAAAUAAAGGAUAAGCUUCGAAAGUCACAAGAAUCCAACCAGUCAGAACUUAGCCCUAACCAAGUGGCUAGUCCUGAGCCAACCAGUUUGGCUAAUGUUGGAGUUGCUAGUCUUGGAAUACCAACAGUUGACUUGAAUGCUUCAGCCGGUAGUGUUGGAUUAAACUCUGUUCGCUUAGAUUCCCUGACAAUCCCAGGCUUGGAAGUGUUGCCACACAAAAGUGUUGACAUGGACUUGAGAGGCAUAAAUAUUGGAUACAGUGGGGGGUCCAAUGCAGCAGGACUGCUUGGACUUGAUCAGUUGAACCGGGACUCUAUGCCCUCCCCGCUUGUGUCUUCUCGUAGUGCCCUGCCCCCACCAUACCCAGGCCUUUCUGCUCACAAAACCCUACCAUUUUCUUCUACAGCAGAGCUACGGGGAAAUAACCAGAGACUGUCAACGGGGAGUAUGGCAUCUGUCCCCGUCACUGUGCCAUCCAGUGUUCCUGCACACUCCUCAAGACCAUCGGCACAAACUCUGUCAACAGCUUCUGCUUCUAGUUUGACACAGUCGCCACACCAUAAACAGUUGACGCAUCAGGCACAUGAGGUGCAUCAGCAGCUGCAACAACAGCUUGUACAUCAUCAAUCAAACCAUUUGCUUCCACAGUUACUACAGCGCAAUCCUCAGCAACAUCAACAGCAUCAACAACAAGAAAAGGCUCCUGCUCCAUUUUCAGUGGAAGGUUCAGAUCAUGAGAAAUAUCUUGCUCCAGCAGUAGAUCAGAUAGCUGUGAACAGACAGUGUGAAAAUAGUACUGCAUAUCCUCAGACCUCAGCUAUAUUGACAUCAAAAGUGGGCCUGGUCUCAACUGCUUCACAUUUGCCUACAUCUUUGCCAGGUGGUAUGGUCAGUCCAAGUUCAGAUCUUCCUCCUCCGCCUCCUUACAUGCCACGACCUGUGGCAUGCUCUGUGCCUACUACUCCUGCGGCUGGCUCAUCAGUAUUAUUUACUCGCCCUCAAAGGCUUAAAGGACUGUUGUCAGAGAAAGAUGCACGGACGUGGUUAAAAAAUGAUCUAGCUGUCAAGGUUUAUGCCAUUUACGCACGCAGGAGGAUUCGGAACCAUGUUUUUGUUGGCUCCAGCAUGAGUCUGUGUGCAUCAGAUGAAGAGAACAGCUGUGAUGAAGAUGAAUAUUCUGAUAUGUUGCCCUGGCAGUCUGACUGGUGUGUCAUUUCUGAUGACGAAGAGGAAAAUGAGCUGGAUGCAGAUGGGGAGUUGCCCUCAGAUUUGCGGACAGCAAAGCUGGGACUAUUGAGGGCUAGGCUACGGCGUCAGUGCAGCCAAAUCAAGCAUGCCACUCGAAGCAACACCAGCAUCACACGAGCAAGCAUCAAAUUUACACUGUCUCUCAUUCGCCUAGCCAAGGAGAACUCACGCAGUGCAGCCCAAACUCUAUCUGAAAUUCUUCAAAGACCUUUGCAUUGGCCUGGAGAAAAACCAAAGAAACAGAAAGCAAUCUGGAGAAAGGUAUGCCUGUACAAAGAUGCUGAUGACAAACAGUGCAGCAGCAUGUGUUUACCUUAUGCCAAUCACUGUCGCAAACACAUUAUGUACAAUGUGGACCAGCAGCUUUUUCAGUUCUGUACUGCCAAGCUCCCUGACAACACCCAGUGCUGCAUGCCUGUCAUAGACCUUCGCCGUGAUGUGCCACUUUGCUUCCCUCAUGGGGCCACAUUGGACAAAACACAGAGAGAAGAGAUUCAGGAGGUAAAAAAGCGACCGCGCAAGAAAACCAAGCCCCCAGCCCUCACAAGACCGCCACGGAAAGGAAAAAAGAAAAAAUCCAAAUACACUCGACCACAAAAACCUUUACCCCCAGAUCGUCCAAUUGGAGACAUCAGUAUGCCAGAGACAGUUCUUAUGGAUGUUGACAUGACGCGAGUCAAUCCUCACGCAGACACCACUUCCAUGGACUCUCUGCCUGCACCUACAGGUGUUGGCAUGUGUGCAGUGCCUUCUGCAGUCUCACAAGAGAGUGUGGGGGAUGUUGUGGGUGUGGGACGUGUCAUAAAGGAUCCCAAGCACCUGGAACAGGCACUGGUUUCUGUGGACCUUGAUGAGACUCUUUCACCAGACUUUGACAAGCCUUUUGAGUUGCCACUGGAGCAGGCAUCACGUUUGCUUGAAGAACAAGACUUUCAGGAUGUUUUUAACAAGAUUCCAGAUGAUGCUUUUACUGAUAUAUUCAGUAUGGCCGACAAGAAUGGGGACCAUGUUACCCAAGAUGUGGAGGAGUUGGAGCGGGCUCUUGCCGAGGCCACUAAAGACGUUCAGGAGGCACGGGAAAACCUAGACAAACUCCUUAAAGGUACCAUGCACGUGGAUGACCUUAAUGAGGAGGCUAAGCAGCAUGUUGUGGAGGUUCUUGCCUCAAACCUUCAAGGGUUUAACGUAGAUGCAGUGCAUCAGGCAGACAUGACCACAGCUGGUGCCACUAGCCUCGACAUUUUCAAUGGUGUGACGCGAAGCCCCAGUGUGGGUGGCCUGUCACUGUCCAUUCAACAGCCACCACAUCAACAGCAACAUAUACAACAGCAGCAGCAGCAUGUGAACCAAUCCCCAGCAGGCUCACUUGCAGACUACAGCCAUAUGGUGAGCGUUGCUGGCACAAGUAGAGUAGGCCAACAGCCUCCAACAAGCAUGGCAGCUUACUUGCCUUCUGUUGUGACAACUAUUAAUGGCUUAAAUUUGCCAUUGGCACCUGGGGUAGCAGCUCAGAAUUCUGGUGCCUAUCCUUCUCAGACAGUACUAACAUCUCUUCAGGGUGGGUACCCAGGUACCACCCCCAUCCAACAGGCAGCUAGUGCAACGGCGACACAGAGUUACACAGACAGGAGGUUGCCUCCGGUGUACCAUGCAGUGGGGACCACCGUAGGUCAAGUUCAAAGCCAGGUUGUAACAGGACAGUCAAGUCAGGCAAGCCAAGGCCUUCCCUCUCUGGCAGGGUUUGCAGCCAGCCUUCAGGGACUGCCAUCUGCCUUGCUGAUUGGGGACUUGACACACUCUCCACAUGCUGUACUGACUCGCUCACUGCCUUCUCUACAGCACCAACAGUUGAGGACAGCAGGAGGCCUUGCUUCUCCUGUGGCAAAUACUCCCCCGCCUCAGGUUCUUGGGGGCACACUGCAGCUUGAUGUUGGCAACAACAGCAGUACCAGCAGCAGCAGUCUGCAUCAGGUUGUGGUGACCACUGCUCAGCUGCAUACCCAGUCACAGCCGGUUCUGGCUGCACACCUUGCUGCUGGCUCCCAGACCCACUGGGUCCAAGCUUCUGGUCUACAGCACCAACAACAACAGCAGCAGAUAACUGGCACAGGCUACCACAUCAAUGGUUUCCCCACAACCACCCCACAUGCAUAUGUUCACCCUGUGGUCUGUGCAAGUCCAGCUGUUCCAUCCAGUUCCACCCCCUUGCCCAAGUUCAGCACUUUAACUGCACAGACUAGCAAUAGCCUAGUCGCUGGUCCACAGCAAAACAUGCACCACGCACUGGUGGCUGGUAGCCUGACAGGAUCAACAGUUCAAAAACAUAAUCAGCAGCUGGUGGUGGGAGCUGUUGGCCACCAGGUCUCUGGCUUGGCCACUGGGAUUACCAUGGUAACUGGACCCAAACAAGAUCCACGGCUGACUGCUCUCUCACAUUCCAUUGGUGUUAUGCGUAGCGGGUCACCUGCUGGACUGCCCGGUUAUACUGGGCCCCACUCCCCCUCCCCCACCCCCCAAACAGUGUCCCCCUCCCUACCCCUGGCUGUGCCUGCUCAGCAAGGAACUGGGAGCACUUCCUAGCAGUGGGUACUUGCUAGGUUUUGUUGAACAGCUCUUCACUUACUGUCAUGUAUUUGUACUGUAGAUGUUCUACUCUCUUAUAAGUGCUGAGAGAAAGGGAUGUCAGUGUUAGGAGUGCUUUGGAGGCUGCUGUGGCUUUGUGCCUUUGGUACCAGGAAAAGAAAGUAGAGACAUAAUCAUAUAAAAAUUGGCCUUGUUGGCCAAGAAGAACAGCAGGAUCUCUGGAAUUGUAAGCUGCUCAUGUUGAGGGUGAUAAUGUGCAUUAUGUUGCUUCAGGCACAAUCAGCAAAUACUGUGUACCCCUUGUGACCCCACGUGUGUGUGUGUGUGAGAGAGAGAGUAGGAAAAAGAGGAAGAGAGACCCAUUGUCUGGUACAAGUGGACCAAUAUUGGUAGGAAAAUAUCUGUGUAUAACAUCUUAAAAUUGCGUUUGAACUGCAAAGAUAUGAGGUUUAAGAGCAUUGCAGAUGUCAAGUCCAUCCAUAAUGAUGUAGUAGAUUAAAACCAGCAGAAAGCAUUAAUAAUAACCACAUUAGGACAGAUACAAGUAUUUCCAGACUUACAAUUUGCAGAACCACUGAUGCAAAAGUGUAAAUUUUACAUGAAAGUUAUUGCUUUCAAGGCAGAGUUCUAGUGGAUGGUCCCAUGGUGCAACAGUAGAGUGCCUCUCACCAAGACAGAAUCUUGUGUAGUGUGUUCAGAUAUUGUCUCCAGCACGCAUUUUCUCUCUGGAUGUGGCACUUGUUUGCAUGGCUUGCCAGUUUCACCAGAUAUAGCCUUAACUGCUGACUUGCCAAAAAUCAGCAAUCCAGACGGAAUUGGUGAACAUGCGUAAGGAAGCGCAGAGCUUGAAUAGGGAGUUCUUAUUAUAGAUACAUUUUGUGGGUGGUUUCUGUGUGAAAUCAUGUCAGUGAUGCCGAAUUAGAGUCUUUGUAUCAAGUUUUAAAAAAAUGAUAAAGCAAAAUUUUCAAUUUGGGGAGAGGUGGGGGAGAGAGCCAUAGAGAUGUUCAUUUAGGUUAAACAAGGGGAGUGGUAGUCUGAACUGUGGUGUCCUUACACACUUAGCAACUGUGAGAUCAGAGGUUGGUGCUUGUGCUAGAUGUACAGUCACAGGAGAGGAUCUUGUUAUUGCAUACAAAGCAGUGUAUGUGGAGUAAACUCAGGGUGUUAAACCAAUUGGGUUUUGCUUGUUCACUUUAUUGUAAAUAUGUUGGUAAGAGAACUACUGUUCACAUAGCCCUUGACUGUCUCUUGUCUGUGGACAUCUAACUGAAGAUUUCAUGCUGAGAGGCUGUCCUGUAGGAAGAUGUUCUUUUGUCUUCAUUUGUCAUUAACUUUAUACUUUGCUGUUUAGUUAGCGAUAGAUUACACAUGUGGGGCAUUCGCAUCCGGAUCAUAGCUGAUGGUCCAGAUGAUGUUUUGUUUGCUGCAUUAUCUUUUACAACAAAGAUUGUCAUUGUCAUUCAUGUACAUGGUCUUACACAACACCAAAUACAUCCAUUUACAGUGUCCUACACAACAGAUUCAGGAAACAGAUAGCCGAGUGGUUAGGUCGCUGGUGUCGACUGGUGAGAGGUGCACCAGCUCAAUACCUGCGUAGUGCAGCAAACUUCCCUCAGUCCACCCAGCUGGCAGGAAUGGGUACCUGACUCCAUAGUGGGUUGGGUAAGGUAGCGAAGGAGAGGAGAUGGGCAGCACCCUCACAUAAAGCUGAGAAAAGGGAGGUCUGACACCUUACUCCCCAACAACCCCAAAGCAACUCUUGACCAGGGGACAAUCUUAACAGAUUUCAUGCUUACUCCAUUGGCAGAGUCCUGGGUGAUACAGAAUAUGUCUUAACCAUUUUCAGUAUCUUGCCCAGCACAGGAUUUGUAUUUAGGGUUGCGUAAGAGAACAUAUUUGGUCCACUUAAUACAUGGUCUCUGUGUUUAUAGUGUUAUUUACUGUUUGAAAGACUGUAGAUUUUGUGCUGAGAGUAGCUGUUGCAUUCCAGGACUGCCAGCUUAGAUUAUUGGGUUGAGAAAACCCAAGUGCACAUUGGAAGUCAAGGGCUGGGGACAGCGAUGUUCCUGUUUUAGAUUAAAUUAUGUGAUUUGAAUCAUUUUUGAAAGAUAAUAGGCUGUCUAGGAUUUUAUUAGGUAGUGGGGGCUUAGAAGUUCAUAACAAGAUCAUCUGAUUGUUUUCCCCUUAUGAUAACACUGAAUAGGAACAUUUUAAGUCUGGCCCCCACAACAACAAAUUACUCAUUUACAUCUCAAGAUUAAGUUACAAGUGGUAUUUUACUAGACUUACUUUUAGACUGAUGUACCUAGAAUGAGGUGCAAUGGUCACUCCGCAAAACAGAUUAUGUUAACAUGCUGGACAUAAGGUUUUCAUAUCAUGAUCCUAAUAGUGGUUAUUAUAAUGAAACGGGUAGUAAUGAAAGACUGCUGUCUGGCAGAUUUCACUUGAUAUACGCCCUUAGAAUGUUAAAUGGCCCGUCGGGUGAUAUUCAAGGAAUCCACUUCUUUUUAAUUUGAUGGAAUCAUUUUAUUUAUACCUUAGAGUUGCUUUUAAAGUUUACAGUUACAGCAAUUGACACUACUAGUUAGGAACCGGGUGGUCUGUGUGGUUGCAUACUGUAACCAUUGUUAGACAAAACUAGACUGACAAAUGUGCAAGCUGAUUUAGGAAAUGGAUUUUACCAAAGAGCAAUAUUCUAGAGGCAUGACUACUGCACACUGUUGCCAUUCUUGUAGAGUUAGUAUGCUCUCAUAUCCGCUUCUUCACUUGUUCAUGAUCUAGUCUUCCAGCAUUGUUGCUGCUGUUGUGUGCUUGGUCAGGAUCUAAUAGUACAUGCUCAGAAGAAAAACUCCAACCUCACCAGUUGUCUGCUCAUUGUGCAGAGUUAAACACGCACAGUACACUAGUUGAUUUUAGAGGUCUGUUUUAAGAAUUUUUAUCAAGGUGACUAAAAUAAAAUUUUUAUUUUAAAAUUUGCUUUAAUAGAUGGAAGGUGAUAUUGUAAUAUUCUUGAACCUGAAGACUUUAUUGAUGGACACCAUUUUUAAUCCUGUACAACCUGUGUUUGUGCAAAGAAAUCACUGCCAGCAUAUGGUGUAAGCUAUUGAUUCAACUCUAAAGUACCUGUGAUAGAGAUGUUUCUCGCUUUCUUAAGGUCUAAAACAGUGGUGCCCAACUUUUUCUCGCCUGAGGGCCGCACUGGACAUGAUAUAAAAUCUCAUGGGCCAAAACAUGGCAGUUUUGCCAGAAUCAUGAUGUUAAAAAUGAAAUUAUGUUGCGUCUGGUUAAAUGAGCUGGCCGGAUGAGGUACCUUUAUGGGGCAGAUGUGGCCUAUGGACCAUACGCUGGGCACCUCUGGUCUAAAACACUUAUUUUGUGACUUAGAAUGCUGCAAUGGAGAAAACUAUGUUGAGUCACAAGAAUUGUUUUGAUGACAAAUUUGUUGCCCAGUCUUCAAAGAGCAUGUAAUGGGCUUCCUUAUGGUCAGCUGCUUCAUUGAAAACACAUACUCAGUUUGAAAGAAUUUCUAUCAACUGUUACAUUUCUUUUCUACCAGGCAGGUGACCUUCUCUUGAACAUCUGUGGCUCAUCCUGUGAUGAAGGAAAUACUAAGUUCUGGACCGAUCAGGGUUAAUUUGUCCCUAUGUUGCCUCUCCCUUGCUGCUGAAUGAUGAGAUGGAAUUCGCUGAAUGAUGAGAUGGAAUUCCUUGGAAGAUUUUAGUCUUUUAAAGUUGGAGAAUAUACACACCUGUAAAGAAACAUAUUUGUAGGAAACAGCUGAAAAACUUUGACACUUUGGCAGGUGCUUUCAAAGACCAGUGGACAGUUGUGAUGUUUUGUCAGGGAGAAUAUUUUGUGAUUAUUCUGAAGGAAAGUAACCGUAAAGAUUGGAUAGAAUUACAGUACUGACAUUUCUUGGGAUCUAUGGUCAUAUCUCGUGAUGUUUUGAGUAUGCUGGCAGUUUCCUCUCGUCUUGUGCUCUUAAUGUCACUGAACAGCGCUCACUUAGCAGAUGCCAUUACAUGUGACAGUCUUCUGGUGCUGAGUCCAGUUUUCAUUUUAAAACUUGUUACACACCUUUUGUUGACAACUUCAAAAGAAUUGUGAGGAUCUCAGGAGAAAAUGUAUGAGAUUUUGUGCUGUGUACUUGGAUGUUGUGUAGUAGACUAGUAAACAUGUUUCUUACUGCCACACAUUCCCCACACCCAUUUUAUCUCCACCCCCUCUUCUCCCCAUGAAUACGCCAGCUAAACUUUCUUUUUUUUUUUUGAGGUGUGGGGGGGGGGGUGAAUAUAUAAUUGUAUAAAUCCAACUUGGUAAUGACAAAUCCAGAUGCAUGUGAUCAGACCAAGUAUUCAAGAAAUACUCUAACCAUUAACAUCUAAACAUAUUAAAGAGAUAUAUGAUCUAGAGCUAAAUAAAUGUUUUGAAACAUUAUUACUAGACUCUAGAGUUCACAAAAAUCCUAGGCAGUUUGACCAUACAGAUAUGACUGUCAAAAAUCAUGGAACCAGUAGUUUACUGUGAUAGCUGAAUUCAUUUAAAAAAAACUUUCUUCAAGAGUGACUUCAUCUUACUAUAUUUCCUGCUUGAGUCACUUUGAGAAAUGGCAUGCUAACUUGAGCCCUUUCUUCUCCCUUAUCCCCACACACCCUAUUUCAACCACCUCCAUGUCCUUGAGGUCAUAUUUUCUUUGAGCUUCCUCCUGUAACUGAGCAAUGUGUUGGAUGUUGCUAAUAUAACAGCAAUGUAUGGGAUGUUGCUGAUAUCACACCAAUGGGUAGGAUUUUUUUUGAGGUGUCUAGAAUACCUCAUCCUUUGGGUUCAUUACGGUCUCGUAGUGCAACUCUUUUUUGUAGAUUUGUCUGUGAGGUUCCUAUGUACAUUGGCCAUAUAUAUAUAAUUUGUCUUGUGCAAGGUUCAUUGUGUACAUUAUUUUUAGUACAUUUCUCAUUCUCUAUGUUGAUGUGAUUUUAUUUUUUGGAGAGACUAACCUCAUUGUUCGCAAGGCAGCUGAUUUGAAAGACAUGGCAGAAACUAGUAGAUAUUGGUGUGUGUGUGUGUGAAGCAAAUUGUGUAGAUCAUGUAUAUUGACAAAGGAAUCAACAGCCAGAACUCUCACUGUCAGUCAGAACAGUGUGCUUCAAUUGAAAGGAUUUCUGUAAUGUGGAGAGCACGCAUGGAAACCAGUGACUUGUAAAAGCAAUCAGGCGCAGAAAUUUGUCACUAGUGCUGCUGACUGGUGUAAAUUUUGCUCUGGUUUGGGCAUGGGACCCAAAAGGGGGGGGGAGGUAUUGCUUGAUGUUUGCAUGUGGUUGGCUUUGCAUGUUUGGCAAAAUGUAGACAGAAAAUAAAGCAAGUCAGAGAUCGUGCACUUGAGAUUUAUCAGUCUUUACUGAACAUCAGUAGCAUCACAGCAUCUUUAUAAUGAUCAGUCUUGUUUUUGGUCAUUGACACUGUGCUGUUCCUGCUAAAACAUCCUGCAUUUACCAGUUUGACUGCCACUUCUUUCAGCUUGUCUCUUACACAAUCUCAGAAAAGAAACAUUACACCAGUUCAACAUUCUAGAAUCAUGCUCUGACACUGGAAUUGUCUGAAAAAAGAAAGCAAUUAAGUGAAGAAGUAAUCAUUAACAUAAAGUAACACGUUGGAGGAGGGUUGGGAGAAGACUUGUCAGUUGCAGUAGCUAGCAAGUUUUACAUCUAAAGUCUAUCAAUGUGAACUAGUUUUUUGUCACCUGUAGAAAAUAAGAAAGAUUUAAUGGUUACAUGCCAAAAGAUCUGUAUGAGGAUAAGAUGGGACCAAUUGUUUGUGCAUGUUCCUGUGUUGCAAGUCUGACCAUCCCAAAUAAUGAUUUGCUUGUAGACUUGGCAUAUAGUUGAUUAUGUACAUCAAAUUCAAACUGAACAAUCAGCGGCUGCAGCACUCACAUCUGAGGUGCACUGGUAAGAUCCUGAAAUGGCGCCGCAAACUUCCCCUAGUUGACCCAGCUGUCAGGGAUAGACUCCAAAAAGGGUUUAGGUGAAGUUAAGGCAGUUUAAGGAGUUGGGCACUGACAUAAAGCAGGCCUGGAGAAACCCCACUCUCUAAUGCCUUAACUUGGUAAGGGAAUGUCCUUUACCCUUUCAGGUAUCUUUAACCAUGUGGGUAACAUUUGUUUAGGCAACCAAAUUAUAGUCAUUUCACAGACUUCAGACCAAGAUUAAAGUGGUCAAGAAUGUGGCAGCAUAUACUCAAUAUAUUCCUUGAGCCUAAUUUUUAUAAAUGCAUAAACUGCUUUCAGAUAUUCUUGAAUUUGUACCUUUGGCCCUAGUUUAGACUCACAGGACAUUUAAAAAAACAACAACAAAAAUGUUGAAAUAAAAUUACUAGAAAGAGAAUUUUUACACCAAGAUUAAAUAACUUUAAGUAGUGGCAGACAUGAUUUAAAAGAAAACCAGUUUUUCUCCAGUAGUUGUCUGUGGUUGUGAUUCCCCAAUCUAAACUUGUAGUGGAAAUUGUAAAGUUCAUAUUGUGUUUUAGUGCUCCAUGUUGAGCUUGUACUUCUACCAUCAAGUAUUUCCUAAACUAUAUUAAUAGGUUCUUAUAUGCUGCAUUUUGGUAAUGCUUCAUUAGCAUUGUGGUAUGCCCUCUGAGUUUAAAGAGUAAGAGAAGGGAGGACAUGACCACAUCUUGCUAUUGUUUCAAGGACUUAUCCAACCACCACCUGGUAACAUGUACUUGUGUAAAGGGAAUUCAACAUCUAUAGGUUACUUAUAAACUGAGAACUUUACAGGUAAUUUCUUCUUUACGUUGACUGUUCAUUUAACUUGGUGUUGAAAUGGGACAUGCAUGUACUACAGUACUUGUGAGCUGUCAGGUGUCUUGUCUAGCAUGUGAGCUAACAUUGCAUCAAAAUAGGGACAACCGAAUGAACAAUGGCUGUCCUGACCAUUAUACAGACAUUGCAGUCAAACAAAACUAAAAAAAAUUACCUUUUUUGGGGAGGUGGGGAGGAAAGUAGGAUGCAUCAGCAUUGUUGUUCAUCCACUGUUGUGAUGCAAUAAAAAUACAUUGUCAGAUCAGCAUGCAGAGUCUGACUUUUUGUGUGCCAUCCAUUCACAAAACAGCAGUGUUACAGCAUUUCUGUACAACUUUUAUUGAAAGGAACUGGCAUGACUGGAAGUCUGCCUUCUCUUUGUUUAUCACAGUUUUUUUUAAUUCCCAAAUCCCAUCUCAUGUCUGCAUCUUAGCAAUCUCACCCCCCGCCCAUGCCCUUCUACACUAACGCCCUGCUGCAAUUGGUCCGUCGUGGCACAAGCCAUGCACACCACAUUACCCAUCCAGGUAUACAAAUAAGUUCCACAAAAAUCACCAAGCUUCUUCACAUUACACACAUUGCUAGGUACACAUCCACAUGAAUAUUCUGAACAAAAUUCAUAGUCACAAAACGUAGGUCUGCUUGCAUCUUAGCCAACUCCACAUCUCAACAUACUUUGGGUGUGGUCACUAAUUUGCAGUACUCCCUCAAAAUGCAGAGUAACUGAGAGACUAACCCAAUUUUAGGGACAAUCAAGCAGCAACACUCAAGCACAGAUAUUUUUUUUCUCGGUACAGGAAUUCUCUCCUGCAUAACUACUAAACCAUUCUCCCUCCCAACAAUCAAGCACAGUCUUUACAGUGUUCCAGCAUAGAAAAAUCAAGAACACACUUUUCAGUCUAGCAUCAGAAUGCUUCACAGAAGUAUACAUAUACCUGGCUGUCCCUUACCAGCAGGAAACACAUUUAAAACCCGUUACAGACAAGACAUGUUUUAAAAGCACAAUUUUUCACUGCCAUCUUCAGGUGGGAAAUGUUAUCUUGUUGCUUGACCACCAAAACUUUGUCACUGGCAGAAGUCACUAGUCAAAGCAAAGAACAGCAAAGAUACUGAAGUGGCAUAUGCACUUAAUAAGGAGUAUCAUUAGCAUGUCUGCAGCACAAGCUGUCUGCUCAAAGGCAGAUCAGGUUACUCCACAUCGCUAUAUGCUGCAAUUAGUACUAUCUACAAAACUAAUCACUUUUUUUCCUUAACAACCAUGCACAUAAAUGGAAAAAAAAAAAAAAAAA